AUGGUUUCCUUCCUUGGCACCUGCAGCCUCAUUUCACCAACUGACAGUCCUGCCCUGGGGUCAUUCCCCCCGAGUGCCCAGCAUCCCAUCUUCGGCAGCUGGAGCUUGGUCGGUCAGUGCGAGGUUGCACGAUUAGGAUGUUACGCUGAUUCCAGUCCACUCGUCCAGUUCAUCGCAGAUUCGCCUGCUCAUCUGUCCGCAUCCAGCCUUCCUGUUGCCACUGCAAACUUGAUCGUCGUUCGGACAGCCGCCAUGUCAGGCUUCCAUCCCUCGCCAUCCGACUCAGACUUGCCUCCAAGAAAGAAAGACAAGUUUCCCAUCUUAGUCCGCUUGUAUCGUAUCAUGCCCUCCCUCUCCGAGUUCCACCGUGUGCACCGAAACAGGAAAUGCUCGACUGUUUCUGCUGCUUGGCCGCAGCUGCAUUGGUCCGUACUCGUAGCCCUGAUACUGUGCAUGUACCUGUUGAGCCUGCACUUUCCUGUUCGUAAUUGUAUCAGUAUUCUGGACUCCUUAGCAUCCAGAGCGUCAUAG